AUGACGGCACAAGUUAAUAAAGAGGUGGUAGCCCCCGUGAACCUUAAUAUGAAUACGACGACAUCAAAAGUGAGGGACUGUACUAGAAUGAACCCUCUGGAAUUAUAUGGUUCAAAGGUUGAAGAGGAUCCUCAAGAGUUCAUGGAUGAGGUUUAUAAGGUGUUAGCUAUUAUGGGAGUGACUUUGUUAGAGAAGGCGGAAUUGGCCGCUUAUCAAUUGAAAGAUGAGAAGCUAAAAGGGAGAUCUAGGGAGAAAAAAGAGUCUAGAAUGGAUGAUGAUAAUCCCUCAUAUGAUACGUCUGAUGGACAUGGUCGUUCUAGAAAUCGACAAAGGUUUUCCGGGAAAGGUUCUUCCAAUGCUCCCAAGUAUAAUGAAGAUAGGGUGUUUAACCCUAAACCGCAAGGAAUUAGUAGUGAAUCCCUAUGGCCUACUUGUGCUACAUGUGGAAAGAGCUAUGAGGGUAAAUGUUUAGCCGAAAUAGAGGGUUGCUUUAGUUGUGGUGAAAGUGGUCAAAAAAUGAGAAAUUGUCCAAAGGCAAAGGCUAGAGGAAUAGAGGGCAAUCAAGUUCCUCCUAGAGGUUCGGGUUCCAAUGCUCCUAAGCAAAACCAAUUUUGUGCUCGCCAAGCUAGAGGUGACCAUGAGUGUGCUCCAAAUGUGGAUCCCGGUUCCGGUACUAUCUUAUCUUUUGUGAUGCUAUUUGUGGCCUUGAUAUUUGAUGUGCUUAUUGAUGUCAUCCUUGGGAUGGGUAGGUUGCAUUUUUGUUAUGCCUCUAUGUACCACCCAGUUAAGGCUUGUAUAAGGCCUCUCGAGGUCUUGUACGCCUUGUUUCAUCUAGGGGGUGCCCCUGGGUCAUGA